AUGGCAGAAAAGGCUUGUAUAAAACGUCUUCAAAAGGAAUAUAGAGCACUUUGCAAGGAACCAGUCUCCCAUGUUGUUGCUCGUCCUUCCCCAAAUGACAUUCUCGAGUGGCAUUAUGUGCUGGAAGGAAGUGAGGGAACACCUUUUGCUGGUGGAUUUUACUAUGGAAAGAUUAAGUUCCCUCCGGAGUAUCCUUACAAGCCACCUGGAAUUACAAUGACAACACCAAAUGGUCGAUUCAUUACACAAAAGAAGAUCUGUUUGUCUAUGAGUGAUUUUCAUCCAGAAAGCUGGAAUCCAAUGUGGUCUGUGUCAAGCAUACUUACAGGGCUUCUCUCGUUUAUGAUGGAUACUAGUCCGACAACCGGAAGUGUGAACACCACUGUAGCCGAGAAACAACGGUUGGCUAAGUCAUCUCUCGCUUUCAACUGUAAAACCCCAGCAUUCAGAAAGCUGUUUCCAGAGUAUGUAGAGAAGUACAACCAGCAGCAACUAGCUGAGCAAACGCAGCAGACCGCACCAGAGUCUCCUCAAGAGAGCAAUACCAAAGCAGAGUCAGAGAAAACAGUCGACACAACAAAGGAGGACUCAGAUGGUGGCAUGAAGGAGAGGAGGAAGAACAAGAAGCAGGGAUUGCCAGCGUGGAUUAUACUGCUGCUAGUGUCGGUUUUCGGGGUUGUAAUGGCGCUACCUCUGCUUCAACUUUGAUUUUCUAUGUAACAAAAAACAUAGAAAUGGAUGUUGACUCUUCGGAUAAAAUCUCUCUUCUCUCCCCUCUCCCCUCAGUAUCAAGAGUAGUCUUCUAUUGUCUAGUGCUCUUCUUCUGUUUGAAUUUACUCAAUUUAGCCCCCUUCUCGUGGUUUGUGUUUUUAAAGGCCAUAUAUAACAUAAGUUUGGAACUAAUUUGUAUAGUAUAUGGUUGGUUUGCAUUUGAUAAAUAGAACCUUAUGGUUUUCAUGUGUACCUAGUGCUUAUCCAACUUUUUUCUUCCAAAGAGCUCAUGUGUGUGUGGAUCCAUCAAUCAAAUAUCUUC